AUGGCGCCUGACGGCAAGGUCGAUGCUGUCAAGAAUACCAUUGAAGAGACCACGGUGAAUGCCAACGCUGGGAUUGGCAUUGGUGAUGGCCUGGGCCUGGAAUUUGGGAGAAAUGUCUUGGUAGAGAGAACUUCAAGUGUUGUCCUCACUGGCUACAAAUCCCUGAAAGCAAAUGCCGUAGGCCUACCAAACGUCGUGAACUGGACCAUUAUGGAAGACCCGAUUAUCAAAGCAGGUGUUCCGCCGUAUCUGCAAACAGCCAUUUUACUUUUACGAAGGACAGAUGAGGUUUUCAAGGCCAACGUCAAUGUCAAAGCUGACAUUUCCGGGUUCUCAUUCCGAAAUUUACAAGAUGGUUUGCUCGAGAGUGAAGAUGACCCUGUGAUCUUCGAUCCUGGUGCAUAUCCUCUGAUACCUAACGAGCUAGUUGGCCUGGACUUGCAUGACCUCGGAUCGAUUGAUCUCUUCCAGCUUUACAAAGUGCGGAACGUUAUCGACAACGAUGACAUUCCGCACCGUGGAACUAUUGGUCAGACAGUCAGAGACCUUUUCCAAAAGGAUAAAGCAGUGGACGACAAAAGCGAAUCAUGGUUUAUUGAUCUCUGGGACAGCAAUACCGCUGGUGAUGCACGGAACGUAUUGCCCAAGUCAUUGGAUCGAGGCGAGUUGGCAAAGUACUUUUCCUGGAUAUCGGAGACACCUAAUAAUGAUGCCCCAGCACCAAUCGCACAAGCGGAUCGAGAGGGACAACAGGCCCAGCAACAGCCGAGACAUACUCAUUUCUGCAACUUGAUUGCAAGGCAGUCAAGUGAGAAUGAACUCACAACUUUCAACAAGUUGGAAAGCCUCCUCAACGAGCCUCCUGUCGUACUACUGUCUGAAUUCUUCGACCUCCCGGACGACUUCGAAAUCUCUCGACGCCAUGACCGUGGAGGUUGUCAAGUGUUCAAUAGUAAAGACGGCAACAAAGCUUUCAAACUAUACAUCAUCCAGACGCCAUUCUACAGUACAGGCUUCUGGUCAUUACUUCUCUAUUCCAUGAUCGAUAGCAAUGUUGCAGGAGCCUCCAGCAAAUUAUCUGGUGUCAUUCAAGCUGAUGCUGGCGUUGAUCUAAAAAGGAUCUUCUGCGAUGUGCGUGACCUUGUUGCCAGGCAUGGCCACCAUCGAACUCUGUUGCCGGUACAGCUAUUUAAGUAUCACUACGAAGCUACUUUGUCUGCUUUUAACUCUAUUCAGACAGACGUUGGAAUGGUAGAUGAGGAGCUCCUGAGGCAGUUCGAAGAAGAGGGCAAGCUAGAUGAUGCAAGUAAGCUAUACCGGAGAUUGAGCAUGACAUUGCACAAGUGUAGCAUGAACCUUGCUGAACUUGGUCGACGACGAAGAUUUGAGGAGGAGCUUGGUAGCCGACUGCUGCAGGAUUUGCAGAACGAUAGUAAGCUGAGAGUCGUGGUGGAGAUAUACUCUAGAAUGUCUCAGAGUCGGGACUCGGACAUUGAGAGUCUGCCUGGAAAGAUUGAGAGUCAACGAAAUGUUCUAUACAAUUUGAUCACGCAGCACGAUAGCUAUCUACAAGCUAGGCUAGCUAGAGAAUCACUCCGAGACUCCAAGGCGAUGAAAACGCUGUCUAUCUUGACGAUUCUUUUCCUACCUGGAGCUUUCAUCGCUACUAUCUUCUCCACCAACAUGUUCGACUUCAAAUCCAAGAACCAGCAAGUGAGGAUUUAUUUUGCGAUUGUUAUCCCUCUCACCGCCAUUCUGAUGAUCUGCUGGGUACUUUGGUUGAAGAAUACACCUGAAAGGGCCGAUGAAGAAUCUGUACGUGGAUAUAGGCCAGUCUUAGCUAUGAACUGGCCUAAGGAGAGAAAGGAAGACUGAUGG